GGAAACAAAUGCUGUCUCAUAAAUGCAUUGAUGUUUUACAUUCAUGGCAGGGUAGGGUCGCGUAAGGAUGAAAAGCCUACUUCAAUGGUUCUACAUGCUAUGUUUCUUUGGUGGCUUUUCUGUGCUAUUCAUGUUUUUCCAUACUGACGUCAAGAGAAAAUUAAUUACGCCAUCAUUUGAAUCCUUAUUCCUGCACAAUGCCGAUGUCUUUACUGAGGAGGUCCCAAAGUAUUAUUGCCCAAGUCACAUUGAAGAGGAUGCGGCUGAAGACAUACUUUGUAUGGAGAGGAAGAAGUUUCUAAAAAAUUACAAAAAUCCAUGCUGGUUUCAAGAGGUAGAAGAGAAUGGAAGUUACCCCGCAGAAAUGGAACUCCGCUGUUUCCCAUACUUCCAUAUAUUUGGUGUUUGUAAGACCGGAACAACGGAUCUCUUCUUCCGUCUGACCCGGCAUCCUCAGAUACUGAAUAAUUACGGUCUUCUUAAUAAGGAGACUUGGUAUUGGUCCUGGAGGCGAUAUGGUCAGGGUUCCAUAAAUGGGACAAAAAUCACACUAGACCAAUUCUCGACGAUAUUCAGUAGGCCUAAAAUGAGGGAAACCAAAAUUUCAGUAGUAGACUGGUCACAGUAUUCCGACCUCAUCACAGGUCACGGCGAUCCUAUGGAUUUUUGGGAUCACAAUCAUUGGCGAGAAAUUCCACAAAACGCUCCAUACCACAAGUCACCAAAAUUCUUGACACCACACUUAGUAAAGCAUGUGCAACCAAACAUCAAAUUGAUCCUGUUGCUUCGAGAACCAGCAGAAAGAUUGUACAGUCAUUAUUACCAUGGACAAUAUGGCAGAACAUCGGAAGAAUUUCAUCAUGACGUCAUCACAGGGAUACAAGUGCUAAACGAGUGCCUAUCCUUUAACAGUUACAGAACUUGUUUAUAUGGAUAUAAUAUAUCCGAAUUAAUGCGUCUUCCACUAUCCGCUAGUUUAUACUAUAUUCAUCUCCAAGAGUGGCUAGAUGCAUUCCCCCGGGAACAGAUAUUUAUUUUAAGGAAUGAAGAUUAUCAGAAAGAUGUGAAAUACAGUCUCUUAAAAUUAUUUUCAUUCCUUAAUGUUGGAGACAUUUCGUCAACUCUUUUAAACCAGAUAGCAAAUAUGCCACACAAAUACGAAACAAAACGGAAGCAAAGUCAAGGCUCUAUGCUGAACGAAACAUGGGAAAUAUUAUCUGAUUUUUUCGAGGAACCAAAUAGAAAAUUGGCAGCCAUGUUAAAUGACGAAAGAUAUCUUUGGAAAGACGCAGUAUUCAAGUUCAGACCUAAAAAGAUACAGAGUAAAGGAAUAAGGAUAAAGGGAGACGAUCAUUUAAGGCAUUACUACGAAAGAAAGAAAAAUUCAAAACUAAAUCCCAAAUCUAUGAUUGAUCGUUUUAUUAUGUCAUCCAGUUCCUUUGAAGAAUGGGUAGCAAAGGUGAAGAAAUAUCAGGAAGAAAGAUAUAAAGCAAACAAUCGGAUUCCGAGGAGAAAGUCACAGAGAAAUUUUCAUCGUGAAAAACUUAAAAUGAUGAUUCAACCAUCUUCUUUGCCAUUUCCUCCAUCUAAUAGAAAUUUAACAUUACAUCAAUCAAAAAGAAAUGAAAGUGAAGUUUUAAAAGUAGUAACGUUAACAAACAGUUCUAUAUCAGAUCAGAAGAGACAAUAUAUUCAGAAAGAUUUUACAAACACAAGUGAAACUAAAAGAACGGAAACUAUGAACAAUUAUACAGAUAUUAGUCAAAGUAUACCAGCUGCUCAUGUAGGAAAUAUAACUCGUAUUAGUUCGAAACCAAUAAGAAAAAGAAUGCGAAAUUUUCAUCGAGGAAGAAAAAGACGUGAGAGACGGACAUUUCAUAACUUUAAGUCUUUAAAUUGA